AACCGUAGUAUUAAAACUCACGCCAGCAGCUGUUCGAAAUCUUGCAGUAAGUGACAAGCAGUCGCUCGUGUGCAGCAGUCGAGUUUGCGCGGCGCCACCCACUCCCACUUUGGACUUACUUUCACCUGAUAGUUCACAUACACUGACAUCUCGCUGAAUUGUCAGUCUUUAUUCAGUUUCACCACAUCUACGGUAUUCACCAUGCCGCUGAAUUCAAGUAUGGCGAGUAAAAAUUACGAUUACGACUACGACUCCUACCAGCCCUAUUUCUAUUUCGACAACGAGGAUGAGGAUUUUUAUAACCAGCAGCACGGACAGCCACCGGCGCCCAAUGAAGACAUAUGGAAGAAAUUUGAACUGCUCCCCACUCCGCCGCUCUCCCCGAGCCGGCGUCCCUCGCUGUCAGACCCCUUCCCCUCCACGGCCGACCAGCUGGAAAUGGUGUCGGAGUUUCUCGGGGACGACGUGGUCAACCACAGUUUUAUUUGCGACGCGGACUACUCCCAGACUCUACUGAAGUCGAUUAUCAUUCAGGACUGUAUGUGGAGUGGUUUCUCCGCUGCGGCUAAACUGGAGAAGGCGGUGUCGGAGAGAUUAGCGUCGCUCCAGGCGGCGAGGAAAGAGUCCUCCAGGAGCGACAGCUACCUCCAGGACAUGAGCACUCCUGUUGCCUCACAGUGCAUUGACCCGUCAAUGGUGUGCCCUUUCCCGCUGACUGACAGCUCAAAGCCGUGUAGACCGUCAUCAAAACCGACUUCCCCAACACUGCCGCUGGACACUCCUCCAAACAGCGGGAGCAGCAGUGACAGCGAUUCCGAUGACGAAGAGGAGGAGGAAAUUGACGUUGUCACGGUGGAAAAGAGAAAGUCCGCGAGAAAGCCUGACGCAAACGCAACGCAUCAAAGCCCCGUCGUCCUCAAGCGGUGUCAUGUUAAUAUUCACCAACACAAUUACGCCGCGCAGCCGUCCACGCGGAGGGAGCAGCCUGCAGUCAAGCGGAUUAAAUUCGAGAGUCACAUCCGGAUGUUAAAACAAAUGAAUCACAACCGCAAAUGCGCGAGUCCCAGGACGUCGGACUCUGAGGAUAACGACAAACGCAGGACUCAUAACGUUCUCGAGCGGCAACGGCGGAACGAGCUCAAACUCAGUUUCUUCGCGCUGAGAGACGUGAUUCCUGACGUGGCCAACAACGAGAAAGCUGCCAAAGUGGUGAUACUCAAGAAGGCGACGCAGUGCAUAGCGACCAUGCAAGAAGAUGAACAAAAACUUAUGUCACUUAAGGAGCAAUUAAGGAGGAAAUGUGAACAUUUGAAACAGAGACUUGAGCAGCUGAGCAGUUCUUAACUUGCUUGGACUUAAUUUAUGGACUGAACUUGUUUUAAGUGUCCUUGUAUGAUUAUGUCAAGUCAAUACAAGGUCUUGAGGGUGUGGCAAGUAGUGAGCAAUCUGACAUUGAUAUAUACAGUUACACUGCCUCAAUCUGAACAUAAUGGAGGUUAUACUUAUUUGUAUUUAAUUUAAUUUUUUAGUAAUGAAAUGGUCUGCAGUUCCAUUUACUGUUUACCAUUAACUUAAUGUUUUGUUUUUGUAAGUUUUGUACAUAUUGCAUAUAUGUAUUCAAGAUGUUGUUGAUUACCGAAUCGUAAAAUGCAUUUCUCUAUAAAACUGUGUUUUUGGCUAA